UCCACGCUCCUGGGCAUUGCAUUAUUCGUGUGCAGCCGUUCGUCAGAAGAACUUUGCGAAAGUUGUCGUGUGUUUGUUUGCGUUAAAGUGACAAGUGAUUCCCCAAGUGUCCCAACAUGAGGCAGCACUUGCAGACGCUGCCUGUCCUAGUGGGAAUCAUGGUUCUCCUGUUCGCACCACCGGGCUUUGCUCGGCGCGUGCGCGUAAGGCCGGUGAAUGAAGACGUGGAGGACCAGGAGGUACGGGACCAGCAGGUACAAUACUACGCGGCCCAGGCGCCUGCAGACGAUUCACAGACCGCAGGGGUUGUUCUGGUAUCAAGCCAAGAUGCUUACAACGGUCUGCAGUAUGCCAGACCGCGCACGCAAGCAGCUGUUCGUGAACAGGAAUACAGACCCAUUGGCAGGACUCUGUCCGCCACCAGCCCCGUUUCCCGCCCGAAAGAAUCGUCAAAACAGCCACCGGUGCAAACUAUUCGAAAUUAUAGUAAAUAUAAUGAUGACGGGUCGUUUACAUUCGGAUACGAAGCUGCUGACGGUAGCUUCAAGGAAGAGGUCCGCGGAACAGACUGUGUUGUAAGGGGGAAGUACGGGUAUGUGGAUCCUGACGGCAAUAAACGGGAGUUCACGUAUGUGUCCGGAAAUCCCUGCGACCCAAACAGUGUCAGUCAGGAAGAAGAAAGUGGCAAAGAACUGGCUGACGACAGUGGCGAAGAAAACAUUCCUAAAGGGCCUAUAAGGCCAUUAAGACCGAGACCUACUGCAGCACCUCUCACCAGAACAACCACUACCAUUUUCCAAGAAAACUACAACCAGGCCGAUGAAGAUCAACUUGAAUAUGAACCACAACAAGUGUACCAACCAGCGCCCCCUGUGAGAUCUCGCGUUGUACCACAACCCGUUCGCAGACCACAGGUGUAUCAGUACGCCCAGAAUCAAGAAGACGCUGUAACGCAACCUCCAGCAGUCAGAAUCACCCCGCGUCCUCUCACAUUGUCCACGACAGUCAAGUCGCAGCUGCCUGCAACCACGUAUCGACCACAGCUGAUUCCUGUAUCCGCCACUCCCCGUCCUGGAGUCGUCUAUACCAAAGAAUUUACCAGCGUUGGCAGCCCCACCCAGUCUUCCAUUUACUCUACUCCAACCACUGUAGCCCCUGUUGAUUUCGAUGCCGAACUCAGGAAGUUUCAGUUGGAAAACAACGUAGUGUCCACUCCACGAACAGUGGCACGCCCAGCUGUGUCUUCAUCACAGCCACUAUACCAGCAACCGAGGCCAACAGCACGACCACAGUUGGCGACGAUUCAACAAACGUCUUCUAAACAAUUAUCCUCAAAUCCUGUGUACCAGACCGAGCUGGUGUACGACCCGUCCAGCGGUCAGUACAACACUGUGUUGUACCAGACACUGCCUCAGACAACAGCCGAGGUCAGCCUCAAGCACAGGCUACAGCCGUAUGUGAACACAGAGCAGUCUCAGUCACUGUUCACACCGCAGAUCUACAAUCAGAUACAGCAGAACCAGCAGCUGUAUUCCCAGCAGCAGCAACAGCGUGUUGUAGAGCAGAGGUACCAGCCGACGUCCACCAAGAUCACCGGUCCUCAGAGAUUCCAGCUCUACCAGCCACAACAAACAACUCAGCGCUCUGUACAGCCAUUCUAUUACGUUGCGCCUUCUGACGUCGGCGGACAGGCUCAGGGGCAAAUCGAUGCCUUCCUCAGGGGACAUAAUAUCGCGUUCUGAAUGUGUCCCAGAACCAAAGCGAAACCAGUUAGGCGUUGCACACUACCUGUGCAACUGAACUGAUUAAAAACACUGUAUUUUUGUUGGACCGCGGGCUCAGCUGCUCCCUCUAACAAAGCCGGAAGUCAUUUUUAACAGAACUGUAUCUAUGUUGAUUGACGUAUAGCAGUGGUUCCCAAACUGACGUUCGCUUACAGGAUUCUUUUAGGAGGAUAGUUGGAAAUAGUGCCUAAUGCUGGAAUUCUUGUGUACCAUUAAGAGAAGUGGCUCAUAUAAAUAUAAAAGCCCUGUUUGCGUAUUUUAUGAAACGUUUCUGUUAUAUUGAGAAGGGUACUGAAUUACAAAACAACAUAUAAUGGCUUUGUUCUGUAUUUUAAAGUAGAUCAAGAGGUGAGAGCUCAGAUUCUCACAGAGACGGGUUUGAAGAUGGUUGUCUUCUUGAAGUCUUACACUUGACCGACAUAUCACAGGAGCUUACUGCUUCUAUCAUCUGAGUGAUCUGUCAUUAUCCACCGGUCUACACGUUGCUAUAUCCCAGAAGACAGCCAUCUUUAAAUCAAGUGGAUGUUUGGAAGUAAAUUAAUGAGCACACAGAAUACAUUUUAGAUCUUUUAAUUUUAUUGGAUAUUUUCUGAGAUUUGUCAGGUUUUCUUGGAGUAAAUAAGUUUGGGAACCACUUCUGACACAUACAGUCCACAAUCGAAAAGGUAAGUUACAAGAUUUUCUGGAUGAAUUAGUUCAAAAUUGUGGCACUGUAAGUAGGUGGCACUUCUUCAGAUUUUAGGUUCUCAUGGCGAGGAGUAUGAUGACGUCUGUCUUCUGGAAUGUUUCGCAGCAUAGUUUGGUAGAAAUUGAUCAACGUUUCAGGGGUGCUUACUGUCUCUAUCAUCACCCUAAAACUUCUGAAACGUCUAUCGAUUUCUACCACACUACACGGCGCAAAAUUCCAGAGGAUAUCCACCUUUUUGGACUCUGUUUUUCAUGUUGUUGUCCGUGAUCAGAUGUUUACGUAUGGAAGUCACAUCAUUGUUCAGAGAUGCAUCGCUUGGUUUGUGAAGUGGCACUGAACCAGAGAGGUCAUUGUCUCUACGUUGUAGUGGGUGGCUAUCUUACGUGCGAUAUAUCAUUAAUGACUCUCGAAUUGAUCCAAAACUUUUGUGUCAAAUUUCUCUACAUGGUAUGCAGUAGAUUUCAUUUAGCGGCCGACAAGAAUUCGUAACAUUUCAACAGUUUGUUCUGCUUUCUUUAUUUGUAACGUUUUCUGAUAUAAUCAUCGUAACGUCCAUGUUUACACUCCAAGCUUUUACUUCGACAUUCCUGCAUGAUUGAAAUUUUGGCUAAAUAUACGAAUCCCAAAGUUAAUUAUUUGUAAUCGUCUGAUAUUUUCUGUGAUUUUAUGGUUUUUUAAAUCUUAACAUUUAAAUUUUUCUAUUACAUGUAACAGUUGUUUAAUUGUUAUUUAUUUUCAUAUUUAAUAACAUUUAUUACAAUGUAAUCUACAUACUGUUUUGUUCUGCGUAAUUGUGAUUAAUUCCAACCAUCUACCUUAAAUGAUUUAAUGAUUUGCUAUAAUCACUACAAGCUCCUUAUUUUCUGCCCUCGUCUAUUUAUAAUUUGACAGAUAUUUUGUUAUUCUUUCUGUAUGUUUACACCAGCGCAACAUUUUAUAUGCUAAAUUAGGUUCUCUAAUUCGGAUUCAGACCCUUUUUGUUUCUGUCUGUCCACUUUACAUGUACCAUGAUUGCUAUGGGAAAUUAUUAUACGUCAAUACUUUGUCAUCUCUGACUUUGAUUUAAGCUGAUACCAGAGUCGGUGUGCUACGCAUUUUAAUUUCGUGUAUUUGGAAGAUGAAGGUAGUCAUAUCGUAAUUUUACUAUUUCCUUCGUUGAAAAACCAAAAUCUUCAGUUGAAUAUCGACUUUAAUGCACGUACAGAACCUUCAAAUCAACAGAAGUACUUAUAUAUAUUCUUACUUUUACAAUUAAUUCAUAUAGCUAGGAAGGAAAUCUCUUCUUGUUAUGGAAACCAUGGUUGACCUUGAACAAAAAUCUUGUACCAGUUCAGCCCAGUUCGCAUCUUAUUUUCUGUACAUUUAUUAUAUCAUACCAUGGCCAGAAAUAUUUCUGAUAAAAUUAAUAAAGAUAAUUAAAUUUCUGUAUCAUUUUGAGAUGAAGUGGAUUUUGUGCUGUUACUGCAACUUUUUAGACAACUGAUUUUAUAGCCGUCCCACAUGUCUUUGUUAUCUCGUUUGCAUCUGAAGUCAGAACAAUGCAGGUCUCCGUGACUAAACUGCGUGUGUAUGCGAGUAAAUAGCGAAUGAGUGUGUGAAUGUGUUUCAUUAUCAAUUGCGAGGUGAAAGUGACUCGCCUAGCUUGAUGUCUAACGCAGGGAUUUAUAAUAACUAAAUUUAUUUUUCCACUUUUAUUUUAACGUAAUGUACAGCAGAGGAUUGUACUGUUUAGUCAGACCAGAAUUAAAUAAACGUAAAUCAGCUUUUUUCGAGUUAUUUGCAUUUCGGACAUGAAAUUGUUGCAUGACAGGGAGUUAAUCAUUUUAAGAUAAAAAUGUAUGUUUGAAAUAUUUCUGGAUGCAGUUUACAUUUUACUAAACACAAAUUCAUAUCUACGCAGUGUAAUUUUUAUUUUAUUCAACAAUUGAUAGUUUAACGUUAUUCAUAAUAUAAAAUAAUAAUUAUGUUUCUACGUUUAAUGCCAUUCGAAGUCAGUGUCACAACAAAGUCGAAGUGUUUACUUAACUUCUCUGGUUAUUUUUGUAGUUUCCAAAACGUUAACUAUUUAUAUUACAACAACAACCAUAGUUCUGUUUGUUUCCAAGGCGACGCCAGACAAACUUUCUUUCAUUUAUUUUAAUGCUCAAUUUAUAAGCUUCGUUAAUUAAGAGAAAUCCUGAGAACCUACUUCAUGCACUGGUUAUGUUUAUCUGCUACAAAUGUGUGACAGAAACAGAAUAUGAGUUUCUUUUCAGAAUUAACAAUAAGCAUUCUUUAACUUUCCACUGUAAUUCCCUCAGACCAUUUCAUUACAACAUUUCUUUCUCACAUUCUCGUAAGUUUACAACUUUAUGCGCAACAACAAAAAUAAUUCAUAAUGAUACAGGAAAUGGAUUGACUUUCACUAGGAUUUCACUUCGUAGUUCUCCGAUUAUAUUACCACCUGGUGACAUUUCUUUGUACUAUUCGUGUUGUGAAAAAUUGUUCGCUUUCAUUGACUCUGUUGUUGGUUUUUGUCCAGGAUUUCUCUGGAGGCUGGGAAUUCUUUCCUGUGAUUCUUAAAUAAUGUUUCAUCUCAGUCAAAAAGGGACAAUCCAUGGCAGAAUCCCCACAUAAUUUGGUGGAUCACAGUGAUGAGUGUGUUGAUGAUUGAUGAUGAAGAAUGCACAUUUAUAUCUGUGUUUCGGGCGGGUUUCGAACCUGUGAUCCCAGCGCUCGCUGUGUCGAGAUCUGAGUAACCAUUUGAACCUGUGCUCCUAGCAUUUGCUUCAUUUAACUUGCAUGCAUUUAAUCACAAACAAUAUUUUAUGACUGGGCUGUAUGUUGAAAGUAAUUUUAAUGUCCUUUUAUCUGUAAGUGUCACGAAAUAUGUUUCACCACUAUUUCUUAUUUUGUUGUAAAUAACAUUUCUCAUUGUAUUGUACAAAGUGUCUGAUUCGUUUAUGAUUAAUACGUUUUAUAUUAUAAAGUGUUUUCUACAGUAUUCGUAAUAAAGAAAAUUCGAGUAA